GACGGGUUGUGUUGAAUUUGAAAUCAGGCUUUAACGAGAAAAUAGACGCGAUGAAAAAGAAAAACAGCAAGAAGCAGGUCAAAGUAACAUCCACUCUCGACGAGCAAACUUCCAGUUAUUUCAAAAGGGUAGAAGAUAUGAUAAAUGAAGACGAUUUUGAUGAUGAUGAGAGUCGAAAGCUAUUUAUGGAAAACGUGUUUACACAAGUUGAAAACAACGAGGUUAAACUUUCCUGUGAUAUGAUAGUCAGCAGAACUAUGGAGAAGCUAAUCGUUUAUUUGAACGAUAUCCAAAUUCGCCGCGUAAUACAAAACAUUGAGGAUCAUUUCUGCCAAAUCGCCAUGGACAAAUUCGGUAGCCAUGUGCUCCAAUCGCUCAUUUGUGCUAUUCCAAAAGCAAUAAGGUCGGAGCGCAGUAAAAACAGAGAAGUUGAAAAUAAUAUCGACGAUUUGAAAAGUGCGGAGGAACUUUUCCUGAGUCUCUGUGAUUGUUUUCGAGAGAAUAUAGGUGAACUUGUCAGCCAUACUUACGGAAGCCAUGUUCUCAGAACUGCCUUUGAGGUGCUGGGUGGUGUGAAAGUUGCGGAUAAUGUGGUACGUAGUCGAGCCUCACGGCGAAGUAGAGAAAAAAGUUAUCAAUCGGAGGAGAAAAGACAGUCAAUCAAGCAGAGUCAAGUGGGAAAUGCCUUUGGAACAGAGGCCAUCACACAUAUGGAGACAGUUGCAGUUCCAGAUAGCUUUCUACCUGUUCUCAAACAACUCACCAACAUAAUAAUUAAAAUGGAACUCCAAAAAUUGGCUCUUCACCCAGUAAGUAAUCCCCUCUUGCAGACAUUACUACUGGUUCUACACAGGAAAGAUCAGUCAUUGUGUAUGAAGUUAUGCAAGGCGGUUAUGUCUCAAAUUGACAUGUACAACAGUAAGAAAGGAAGGAUCAAAGGACCCAGAGAACCUAAGGAAAGUGACAGUGAGCAGGCCCAAAAAGAGCAAGAAAGAAGUUACAGGGUACCUGUUCUGCUUUCAAAUGAGAUCAGCAGUCACUUGGUUGAAAAGAUUUUACAUGUUGUAACACCUGAACUUUUGCAAGAAAUUUAUGAUUCUUACUUCAAUACUCACUUGGUUCAGUUGUCCUGCCAUCCUAUUGCUAAUUUUAUUGUACAACAUCUGAUGGCAAGCACAACAGAUAAAGCUCAGGCAAAGCAAAUGUUAGCAGAGCUGCUACCAUAUCUGGAAGAUCUUCUUGCUAAUGAGCAUAUGGGCAUUGUAGUAAGAAUGGCUGAAGUUGCUGUGCGGUUUGUGAUCAAGCAAAAAACAAUGUUGAAAGCACUGCUGCAAGCAUUUCACUGUGAAGAAAAAGAGGAACAAUCCAGUGCUGUUCUUUUGUUCUUGUCAUUAACAACUUAUGACAUUUUCUAUGGAACAAAGUUAAAUGAAAAAGGAGAAAGUGAAGAAGGUGUCAAUACUAUUUCGGAAGAAUCUCCACCUGAAGCUAAGCUUAAAUCCAUUAACUUUCAUGGAGCAUUGUUACUGAAGACAUUAUUUGAUUUUCAAGACCCAAAUAAGCUAGUAACAAGUCUGCUUUGUCUUUCCUUGGGGGAAUUAAUGACUCUUGCCACUGACUCAAUGGGUUCUUAUGCAUUGGAAGCUUUCUUGAAGAGCAGAUUUGUGCCAUCAGAGAAGAAACAUGUUCUAAUUGAGAAGUUUAAGGGGACCUUUGUGAGACUUGCAUGUGAAAAACAAGGUAGUCAUGUUGUUGAAACUUGUUGGAGACAAGCAGAGGUGAAAUAUAAGGAAGCCAUUACCCAAGAGCUGCUCAUUAGUGAACAACAGCUCAAUGGUAAUUUCUAUGGCAGAAUUGUGCUCAGAAAUUGUGGCGCCCAGCACUUUAAAAGGAAAGACAAAACCUGGCACGAGAAGGAGCAAAAGGCAGUAAGGAAAAGAAAAUUUUUGGAAGAGAUUCUAGAGGAGAGAGAGCAUAUUGAGCAUACCAAGAAAGCGAAGCUGGUGGAAGACAGCAAGUCCAGAAAGUUCGGCCGAGAAAUGGCGGCACUGGGUUUCACAGCAAGAGGGGAAGAUGCUGUUGAUUCAGAGGAAGAAGAUGACGUUGAUGACACGAAAGGGUCGGUUGAUGCCUCGUUCGAAAAGAAACCGAAAAAGGGUCAGUAUGCGAGAAAAAAGGUGGAGACCGAGAAAAAGAAAAAGAACCGCCUUUCUGACGACACAGACAAGCCUACUGAGUUUGAAUUCAUUGAUAGUGCUAUCAAGGCCACAAAGUCUCUGAAGAAGUCGAAAAAAGAGCAGAAAAAGAAGAAACAAAAGUAGUUCAUUAUUUUUAUGAACAAUGUGUAGCCCUCAAAUGCUGCUUAUUUAACUUUAAGUUCGUCUUGUGAUUAAAAAAAUGAUCCAACCAAAAUUAGGAUAUUUCAUUAGUCAUCUUACGAAGCUUCAGACAUAAAGCCAAGUAUUUUAUUUGCAAUGAAAAUGUUAUUAGGCUUUUGAAAAAUUAUGUUUUCAAUUGUCCUCUUCCCUUUUUGCGAAACGCCCCUCUACCAAGGCUUGAUCUAACCAAAGUACGCAUUCUUACAGUCAUCUUACAGAGUUUAAUCGAGGCAGACAUUUUAUCUGUAGGGAAAAUGUAACAAAGAAUAUAAGAAAUUAGGGUUUCUGUAUGGUGUAGCGGAUAUGUCAACUUUGACCGCUUCAGUAGCUUGGUGAAAUUAAUUUUUAAGACUUUGUCCACUCUUUCCCCACGUGAAAUAAUUAGACUGUGCAAUUCAUUUAAUGCCUAGAUUUUCCGUUUUUUUAAAGGAGAAAGACAAGGCAGCUUCAACUGUGCGAGAAUGUUCGAUACAAAUCUUACAUCUACAGGAAAGAUUGAUGUGCUGCAUGUACCAAAGAGGCCGUUUAUUUGUAUUUUUCUUUACUGUUGUUGCGAUGAAAAAGCAUCUGUCAUCUCAACGUGAAGGCUGUCACUUAAUGAAAAGCCCAAAUUUUUGUGUGAAAGUUCUGGGGGCGUUUGAAAUUACUUAGUGUAUGAUUACA